UUGAAAAUGGUAGUGAAUAAAUUAAGUACUUGUUCAAGCAAAAUGAGAGGGAAGGGUUGUAAAGGAGGUUCAAGUUACAAAGGUUCAUCCGAUAGUUUACAUUCGAUAGCACGUGAUGCUCCAGCUCAAGUUACUUCUGCACCGAAUGUAUUGUCACGGCCAUUACCUCCAUCUGUUGCUAAUGCUUGUGCGGGAUCAUCAUCAUCUUCUGCUUCUACUCCUUGUGCUAGUGGAGGGGUUACCCCUAAUGGCGAGCCUACUAUGCAUGCUAGAGAUACCCCGACAUCAUCCAUGGAUUGCUUGCCCCUUACUAUUGAUGAGUUAAGAAGACCACGCAUAAAGCUAGUGAAUGGAAUGUUGCAUCCAUCAGAUGUCUGUGCUCGAAAAAUUACAUUCAUCUUUAAGGAAAGAAUGGAUGAGAAUGGAUACAGUUGGAAGAAUGUCUCUAAGGAGACAAAAGACUUCUAUUGGAAUGAAUUUCGUGAUGAGUCAAUGUUAUCUGCUAUUAAGAUGGCAUGGCAACGUAAAGCUGCGGAAUGGUGUAGAGCAUCGAUGUGUAGUUUGAGAAAAGGGAAAGAAAAAUCAAUACAUGUUUCUGACUCUAUGGAAGACAUGGACCGAGGCAUGGAAUUCCCUGGAAUUUAA